AUGUUGGUUUGUAUCAACAAAUUCAUCUCCAACUUCUAUACUAUUUCUCGAAGACUUUCUCCCGUCUUUCACCCCGAGCAUCCUGAUAUGGCGGACGACAAAGGUGCUAGUACGCCGGAUGUCCAGCUAGCCCCAGAGCAAGAAAAGGCUGGAGAGAUCAUUGACUCGCGAGGCCGAGACAGUGGAAAAGAUGUUGCUGCGCAGUUCCUCGCCCAAUUGGAUCCAACUAUCGCAGCAGAGCCCAUCUCCGAGCAUGAAGCCCGACGCGUGCUAUGGAAGAUCGAUCUCAUCCUCAUCCCCCUCAUCAUGGUGACGGUAGUCUUGGCUGCCAUCGAUAAAGUUAUCAUCUCCAAUGCGGCUAUCUACGGCAUGAAAAAGGAUACUCAUUUAUCGGGAAACCAGUACUCAUGGGUUGGUUCGAUAUUCUAUUUCGGCUACCUCGCAUUCGAGUACCCUGCCGCGCUUCUCAUUCAACGUCUUCCAGUCGCCAAGCUCUACGUGGGAAUGGUUGCAGGAUGGGCGGUAAUGAUGCUCUGUACAGCUGCGACACAGAACUUUGCCGGUUUGGCCGCCGUGCGGUUCAUAAUGGGCAUGCUGGAAGCCUCCGUUUUCCCCAUCUCGAGUAUCUUGACCGUGAUGUGGUGGAAGACAAGCGAACAGCCACUCCGAGUCGCUUUCUGGUUUAACCAGCUAUCGUCGGUGUUCUCCGGUUUGGUCAGCUAUGGUAUUGGCCAAACGCACACAACUCUUGCCCCUUGGCGACUCCUGUUCUUGGUACUAGGAGGCUUUUCCCUCAUCUGGGCAGUCGUUUUAUACAUUUUCCUACCCGACUCUCCCGUGCAAUGCUGGUACUUCUCUGAUCGCGAGAAAUUCGUCUGCCUCGAGCGUGUCAAGGACAACAACACUGGAAUGGAAGACAAGACCAUAAAGUGGUAUCAAGUACGCGAGUGUCUCAUGGAUCCCAAGACAUGGUUGCUCGCAUUGUUCUCAUUGGCACAGAACAUUCCGAAUGGCGGCUUGGUCACCUUCUCCGCAAUUAUCGUGACGGGACUGGGAUAUUCCUCACUUGUCACCACUGUAUUGGGUAUUCCAACUGGUGUUCUGGCAACGGUCUGGCAAAUUAUGCUUGGAUUUAUCGCCGCUAAUGUGAAAAACUCUCGAUGUGCCAUCAUUGCCAUCGCUGACAUUGUCCCCAUGAUAUGUGCCAUUCUUAUGUGGAAAUUGCCGCGCGACAACCAGCAUGGACUGUUAGCUGCAUACUACGUCUUUUACACAUACUGGGCUCCCUAUGUGUUGUCUACAUCACUUCCAAUGGCCAACACUAGCGGCCAUUCCAAGAAACUGACUAUGAACGCUAUCUUUUUCCUGGCUUAUUGCACCGGCAACAUUAUUGGCCCCCAGGUCUUCCGGGCCAAUGACGCUCCAACUUAUUCGAGAGGGUACGAGGCGUUACUCGCGUGUCUAGUCGUGGCGAUUGCCUCAAUCGUUGCCUAUGGAUUCCUUUGUCGGCGGGAGAACCACCGCCGCGAUCAGAAGGAGGGUCCACAGUUGGAUGCGGAGCCAUCUGAGGCAGCUGCGUUUUCGGACUUGACAGAUCAUGAGAAGCGGGCGUUUAGAUAUACGUACUAG